UGGCGUCGUACAGUUGAAAAGGCCUUUAAUGUGUUUUGAAUCUCAGUAUCUGUUUAUUUGCUCAGUUAUCCUCUUAAUUCACUGAUAUGAUACCCAAAAACUCACAAGUCUGCCGAAUUUUUCAAUCUGGAGCACGUUUCUUCCUCUAAACCUCCUUUUCAUUUGGAAUAGUGCUAUGCAGUUGAUCCGUCAUCUGUAGCUGACGUCAUUCGUGAUUCCAUUUAAUGUUACUCAUCGUUAAGACGUAUUGAUCAACAAGAUAUCAAAAUUGUCAGUUCUAUAUUUCUGUGAUCUGUGCUGCAAAUUUCAAACAGCAAUGGCCAAUCUAAUAGGAUUAUUUUUACUUGUGUUGACGGUUGUUGGACCCCACCAGGUGGUAUAUGGAAGCCAUUGUGUGAUGAGAGGCUUUUGUGGGGAAAAUGACUUUGGUGAUGCCACAUGCUCAUACAAUGGAACAGCACAAGCUAUAGAAGAUGAAGAAGCCCUAGAAAUAUUACAAGAAAUCUGCCCAGAUGUUCUACAAGAAAGCAACUUACUUUGCUGCUCAGCUGAACAAAUAUAUAAACUUCAACAAAACUUGGAAGUACCAGCAACAUUAGGCCUCGGACGUUGCCCUUCGUGCAUAUCAAAUUUCAAGAAAAACUUCUGCCAGUUUGCAUGUUCACCAAGACAAAGUGAUUUUUUGAAAGUCACGAGUUAUGGACAUAGUGAUGAUGGUGAUUUAGUAAUAGAGAAACUUACAUAUUUUAUGUCUCAUAGAUACGCUGAUGGAGUAUUUACAUCAUGCAAGGAUAUUCAAGGACUAACCCCUGGUUCCACAGUUUUGGAUCUUAUGUGUGGUGGCUGGGGAAGAGAUUGCACUCCUCAAAGAUGGCUAAACUUUAUGGGAUCAACUCCUGAUAAUGAUGGAUUUUCACCAUUUGAAAUUAAUUAUCAUCUCUCCAAUGAAAAUCAUCUUACAAUUGAUGGUGAAACAUUCUUUCCCAUGAGUGAAAGUACUGCAUCUUGUUCUGAAAGUCCUUUUCCUGGUGCUGAGUCUUGUACAUGCCUUGAUUGUGAAGCUGCGUGCCAAUUAAAUAUAGCUUCUCCUCCUCCGUUACCUGUAGAGAUAGAGCCUUGGAAGAUCCUUAACCAUGAUGGAAUAUCAGUUAUGUGUGUUAUAGUUUUUUGCGUUGUCUCAGCCACCUUGCUUCUAGGGUUUUUCUUUUACAAGAUGAAGUCUAGAAAGUCUUUGCGCUCAGGUGAAACAGAAGUUAAGAUGGAGAGAAAAGGCUCAUCUCAUCGACCUUUGAUACUAUUGAAAUCAUGUUCACCGUCUGCCUCAGGGGUGGACUUGGGCUCAUUAGAAGAAGUGGAGCCCCUUCGUUCAAAACGGUCAAUUGUACCAAACCAACCUUUAGAGAAAUCUAGAGAUUUGGCAUCAGAAGAAUCCAAAAAAGUUAGCUCUGAUCUUUCCCAUCCUUUGCCUGACACUGAGAUAAUUUCAGACAUUUCUUAUCUCCAAAAACUUGGUGCUGCAAUUGAAAGAAGUUUAGAGGAAAAUUUUUGCUGCUGGGGUACCUACGUAGCUGAAAGACCGUUGCCUAUUAUGGUACUUUCUUUGGCUGUUAGCUGCAUUUUGGCAUCUGGUUUAUUGUUUCAUUUUACAGUUACAACUGAUCCAGUUGAUCUCUGGGUUUCAAAGAGCAGCCAAGCACGCCAAGACAUGGAGUACUUUAACAAACAUUUUGAGCCAUUUUAUCGUGUUGAGCAGAUGAUAAUAACUCCAAAAAACAGAAGUUUUUUCACCCAAACCGUGAAAGAAAAAAAUGAACAUAAAACAUAUACCUGGGGCCCUAUAUUUCAUCGUCAGAUUCUUUUAGAGAUACUUGAUUUACAACUUGCUGCUGAAAAUCUGGUGGCAAAGAAUGGAAACAAAACUGUUACUUUGUCUGACAUUUGUGUUGACCCAUUAAAUAAAGGUUGUGCUAUUCAAAGUAUAUUUGGCUACUAUCAAAACCGAAGGAGUUUACUGGAAGCAGAGAAUUAUCUUGGCCAUUUUAAAGAAUGCUCAAGCUCUAUGGGUGAAAUGAAAUGCUAUGCUCCAUAUGGUGGUCCUUUGCAAUCUACUGAAGUUGCCUUAGGAGGUUUUGUCAAUUCAGAUUAUAACACUGCAACAGCUCUUAUUAUAACCAUACCUGUAGUCAAUCAUUACAACAAUGAUCUAAAUAAGGAUGCAUUGGAAUGGGAAAAAGUGUUUGUGGAGUUUUUGAAAAACUAUAAGUCGGAAAAUAUUACAGUUGCUUUUAAAGCGGAGCGUUCUGUUGAAGAUGAAUUGGAAAGAGGGAGCCAUUCCGAUAUUGUGACUGUUGCAAUUAGUUACAUUAUUAUGUUUAUAUACAUUGCUGUAGCACUGGGAGAAGUGAACACAUGCAAAAGCAUGUUGGUUGACUCCAAAAUUUCUCUUGGGUUUGCGGGAGUAUUCAUUGUGAUAGUAUCGGUGCUUUCAUCCCUUGGGAUAUUUUGUUUUGCCGGCAUACCAGCAACUUUAAUAAUCAUUGAAGUUAUACCAUUUUUAGUUCUUGCUGUAGGUGUGGAUAAUAUAUUUAUACUUGUCCAAGCAUAUCAGCGUGAUGAACGACUCCCUGAAGAGAGUAUCAGUAAACAAAUUGGUCGAGUUGUUGGUCAAGUUGCACCAAGCAUGAUGUUGUCUAGUCUUUCUAUGUCCAGCUGUUUUUUCAUAGGGGCACUUACUGAUAUGCCUGCUGUGAAACUCUUUGCCUUAUAUGCUGGAGUAGCACUCUUGAUCAACUUCUUUUUGCAAAUGACAUGUUUUCUGUGUUUGUUUACCCUGGAUGUUAAAAGACAAGAAAAUCAUAGACUGGAUCUGUUUUGCUGCAUUAGAACAGCCAAACAAGAUAAAGUGAACACAAAAGGUGUUCUUUAUAAAUUUUUCAAAAAUGUAUACGCUCCGGUUUUGCUUAACAAUUUCUCAAGAGUAAUUGUGCUCAUUACAUUCUUGGGAUGGAUAUGUUCAUCUGUAGCUGUUCUAGAUAAAAUUGACAUUGGAUUAGAUCAAGAAUUGGCAAUGCCAGAAGAUUCUUACAUGCUAAACUAUUUUCAGUAUCUUAGUAAAUAUUUAUCAGUUGGUCCUCCUGUAUAUUUUGUUGUUACUGAUGGAUAUAAUUACUCCGAUGAGCGAGCUCAAAAUAAAAUUUGUGCUAGUCAUGGUUGUGAUGAUGAUUCUAUGAUGGUGCAGCUUAAGUGGAUGGCUGAUCAAAGUAACAGAACUUAUGUUGCUCUUCGUCCUGUGAGUUGGCUUGAUACGUAUUUUGAUUACAUUCAUAGUUCUAGCUGCUGCUUUCAUCACAAUAAUACACAUUGCCCUGCUGAAUUGGGAAAAAAUGACUGUGAAUCUUGUAGUAUUCCAAGGGAUCAGAGGCCAACUGGGAAAACUUUUAGUCAAAACUUAAAUUAUUUCUUACAAGAAAUUCCUACUGCAGUAUGUUCUAAAGGUGGUCGUGCACAGUUUGCAAGUGCUGUUGAACUUAAAAAUAUGAGCUCAGGCAUUGAAAUUGGAGCAACCAAUUUCAUGACUUAUCACACCAUUUUGAAAACAUCUAAAGACUUCUAUGAAGCUUUAAGAUGGUCUAGAAAGAUAUCUUCUUGGCUUACUGAGAAAAUACAAACUAAUUCUUCAAAUAAUGUUAGGGUAUUUCCAUAUAGUAUUAUUCAUCCAUUCUUUGAGCAGUACCUCACAAUGUGGCCAGAUACAUUACGAAGCAUUUCAUAUUCCAUUUUGGCUAUAUUUGUUGUCACGUUUCUGUUUUUGGGUCUUGAUAUCUACUCUGCUGUUAUAGUUGUAAUUACUAUUGUCAUGAUAAUCAUAAACUUGAUGGGCCUUAUGUACUGGUGGAAUAUUUCUCUGAAUGCAGUGUCCUUAGUAAAUUUGGUUGUAGGAGUUGGAAUUUCUGUAGAGUUUUGCUCACAUCUCACUCAUUCAUUUGCUAUUAGUCCUGAACCUACAAGAGUAAAGAGAGCGCAAGCAGCUUUGCAAAGAAUGGGUAGUUCUAUUUUGUCUGGUAUCACACUUACUGAUUGUGGCAUACUUGUGUUAGCUUUUGCCAAAUCCCAAAUAUUUCAAAUAUUUUAUUUCCGUAUGUAUGUUGGCAUUAUAGCAUUUGGCACUCUUCAUAGUUUGAUCUUCUUGCCUGUCUUACUUAGUCUGAUAGGCCCUCCUGUAAAUAAACAGAAGAUGUAUGAUCACAUUCAUUUACAAGAUAUUGCUUCGCAGCCAACUAUAUCUCAUGCAAAUGAUGCCUCAAUGUGAACGAGGAGUCAUCUUUCUGUGAUUGCAAACCGCAAAGUAAACAAGUUUCUAGGUCAUGAACUUUUUUUCACUUUUGUGACUUUCAUUUGCUGUGAACAUUCCUUCAAGUCACAAUCAUUUUGCUUUUUCUAUGUUGAAGUACUUUGAAAUAAUGAAUUUUUGAAUCAAAUAGUUAUGCCAAGAAAUAUGCAUUGUAAGAGUACUAAGAUAUACAAUGCAAUGGUUUGAAAGCAUUAGUAUUGGUGAUACAUUACUACAAGCAUAUCAUGAAGUCUGUGUUUUACCUUUGCUAAAAUUAUUUUUAAAUAAUUUAUUUAUUGUGCAUGUUUUUUCUCUACUUAGACCAAAAAAGAUGUUAUUUUUAUUUUGAAGUUAUUGUUUUUGUCUAAAUAAUGGUAUUUUAAUAUUUGCUAGUUUCAAGUGAUAGUUUGUAUGAUGAAUAUGUCAUGAGCUAGUGUUUUAAUGUUUGUUUCUAUUUUAGUGCACAUAUUUAUAGACCUAAAAUAAAGACCUUUUUGUAUGCCUUUUUAAAUAACUUAAUUUUUCAAUUUUAAACAAUUAAGACUUGAAAAUGCUUAAAAGCUGAAUAUUAGUAGAAACCCUUAAAUAUUUAAAAUCUGAAGUGUUUAGUAAAUACAUUUGUUCUUAUUCUCACAUCUCAAAGAAAUCAUUUAAUGCCUUUUUUGAAUCUUGUUGUGUUUCUUUCUAUUUAUGUUAUUUAUCUAAACGGCAGUUUGCUGUGUGUGUGAUAACACUUUGCAGUCAGGAGAGCUAUCCAGUCCAUAAAAAAAGAUAUUGCCUCACGGAGAUAAGUUUCCAAAUUUCCGCAUUUGUGCUUUUGAAAAAGACUGUGAUCAGACUCCCGCCCGUAAAGUGUUCAAAUGACUUUUUGUUUUGAAGAAAUUACCAAAGAUUUGACCAUGAAAAGUAGUCUAAAGAAGCAAAAAAAAUUAAUAGUAAUCUGGCAAAUUAUUAUAUAAAUAUGUAUAUACACAUAUAUAUACAUAAAUAUUAUAUGUGUAUCCGGGUGAAUUUAAAUUCUUUGGUACCAGAAUGCUAAUGGCCCUAAAAAAUAAUUGAAGCCCGAGUCCUGAUCAGUUCUAUGUGAAAGUGGAAUUUAUUUCUCCGGAGAAGCAGUACCCCAAUGGCUUUUUGGCACCAAUUCACCACUGUGUGUGUAUAUAUAUAUAUAUAAUGAAAUAGGCAAAAAAAAAAAAAAAGGAAAUUAGUGAAGAAACUGAAACCUAUAACUUAAUAUAUUGUUGCUGUUGCACAUAUUUAAGUAAACAACAAAUAAUUGAGUUACAAGAAAACAUAGAUUAACCAUUAAAAGGAUGAAAUUAGAGAUCAUCAGACCUUCAAGUUUUAGAUCAUGGGUGAGUAUCAAAAAAUCUUAUUCUUACAUGUUUCACAUAAGUUAAGUUGCCAUUUCUGAUUUUUUAAACUCUUCCAUGGCUACCAUUGCCAGGUCUCAUGGUCUCAAUUUUCAUCCUUUUAAUGGGUGUUUUCAUGUUGUUCAAUUACUAGUUUCAUAUAUAUAUGAUUGCAUGUGAAUGUGUGAAAAUAAUGUUCUCCUUGUUCUUACAUGCAACUAAGUGAUAUAGUUUAUCAUGAGUAUCAUCCGUCCGGAAUAUUUAGGUAACGCAUUUAUUGUUUUUGCCUCUUUAAUUCUUGUCUUUUUUGUUGAUUCAUUUUUGUCUUAUUUAUGUUUCAGAUCAUUGUCAAUAUUUAUAACAUUAAAAACUUGGAACUGAAUUAGAGUACUUUAUUUAAUUUUUAGAAAUGUCUGAAUGUCUUAACUGUGUUAAAUUUGAAAAUAUUAAUACCAAUUCUGUGCCUGCUAUUUUUAAGUUGUCUAUAAAAUGAGUCAUACUUAAAAGGCAACAUGAAGAUUCAUGUGAUUGCCUUAGUCACUCGUAUUCCAAAUGUAACUAAGUUUUUGUAUGUUUUUAUGCUCUGUUGUAAUCAUGUGAAUGCUUGAGAUGAACUUACAUUUUGGUAAAUAUUUGAUCUCUCUGAAUCUUUGUUUUUGUCCAAAACAUAUUAGAAUUAUUUUUAACAAAUGUUCCUGUAAGAGUAAAAACAUUGCAAUUAAGUUUUAUUUAUGGAAAAAAAGUAUUUUCAGAAAAUUUUUGUAUAAUGUAUUAUUUAUGUACAUAUUUGAAAUUUGUACGCUAAUUUUAUCACAAUCACUUCAUGCAAUUAUAGAAUCAUGCUUUGUAUAGAAUAUUGUACAUAUAAAUUUUUCCUGCAAUGUGUGCGCUUUUAUGUUGCAUUGAAAUGUAUGACAACUAGACUUGGAAUGAUUGCAACAAUGUGAUAGAAUUGUUAAUAUUGCCCCCCUCCCAAAUCCCUUUCUGGUGAAAUAUAAAAUUUACCUUAAUACACAAAAAAAUUCCUAAUAUAAAUCUUUUCCGCUUCUAAAAAAAUAAGUUGAAACAAUUAUAUCUACCUAAUCCAACAGCAAUCCAUGAUUUUUAAAUGAGAUUCUCAAAGCUCAGUAUUUCUUAGUUUCUGAAAUUUUUGAAUAUCCUAUUGCAAUUAGUUCCAAGUCUAACAACUAGUGGUCUUUUAUUUAUUUUCAUAUAGCAUAGCUUUAUGUACUUUGUAUUGAAUAAAUGAUGUAGUUUCUA